UGUGCCCAGCUCAAAUUAACAGUGUUGUUAAAUGGUUAAAUAGCAGCUGACUUUCCGCGCCUUAAAAUUAAAUAUAUAUAAAAUGAGGCGGAGUUUAGCACCUAGUCAAAGACUGGGAGUUCGCAUCAAAUCAAAAGAUGCCUUUACCCCUCCACUACAAAAGAAAAUAAAACGUGCGUGUCAGGAGGAGCUGCAGAAACGCCAAACUGCAUUACGAGAGUCUACGAAUCUUGUCGAGCUUCCGCUCCCGAUUCGCUUCACGGCGAAUAGCGAGUAUGAGCAGGCCAUAGCCAAAGUGUUGGCGCGCAAGUUCAAAGUCCCUAUUGCCAACUAUGUACCAGAUUAUGGAGGAAAUCGUACACUGGGUGUACGACGUACCAUAGUGCGGCGUUCCUUGCACGAUCCACAAGCGUGUAAUGCUUUAGUCUUACAUAUACCGCCUGCCUACACGGAGCAUGAGCGUAUGUCAAUGGAUCCGAGCAAGUUGCAGGUACAUGUGGUAGUUGAUCCAAUCCUUAGCAACGUUCUGCGUCCACAUCAGCGUGAAGGUGUGCGUUUUAUGUAUGAAUGCGUGGAAGGUAAACGAGGUAAUUUCAACGGCUGUAUUAUGGCUGAUGAAAUGGGUCUGGGCAAGACCUUGCAGUGCGUCACAUUAACGUGGACGCUGCUGCGACAAAGCGCCGAUUGCAAGCCAACGAUAUCCAAAGCAAUUGUUGUGUCUCCCUCAUCGUUGGUGAAAAACUGGGAGAAGGAGUUUACUAAAUGGUUGCACGGCCGCAUGCACUGCUUGGCCAUGGAGGGUGGCUCCAAAGAAGAAACGACCCGCACUCUCGAACAGUUUGCCAUGAAUACAGCCACACGCUGUGGAACACCGGUGCUGCUGAUCAGUUACGAAACAUUCCGCCUCUAUGCACACAUACUCUGCAAAACGGAGGUGGGCAUGGUCAUAUGCGACGAAGGGCAUCGGCUUAAAAAUAGUGACAAUCUCACAUAUCAGGCUCUGAUGGGCCUGAAGACCAAACGACGCGUUUUACUCUCCGGCACGCCGAUCCAAAACGAUCUGACCGAGUAUUUCAGCUUGGUUAACUUCGUCAAUCCAGAAAUGUUGGGCACAGCUGCCGAUUUCAAACGUAACUUUGAAAACGCAAUUCUACGUGGUCAGAAUGCCGAUUCUACGGACGCAGAACGUGAGCGUGCAUUGCAGAAGACUCAGGAAUUAAUUGGUUUGGUCAAUCAAUGCAUAAUACGACGUACCAAUCAAAUCCUGACCAAAUAUCUGCCGGUCAAAUUUGAAAUGGUCGUGUGUGUCAAACUAACACCAGUCCAAUUGCAAAUCUACACAAAUUUUUUAAAAUCGGAUCAGGUGCGUCGCAGUCUAGCAGACUGCAAUGAGAAGGCAUCGCUGACGGCACUGGCCGACAUAACAACAUUAAAAAAGCUGUGCAAUCAUCCCGAUCUGAUCUACGAAAAAAUAGCUGCAAGGGAAAAGGGUUUUGAGAACUCACAGAAUGUUUUACCGGCCAACUACAAACCAAAAGAUGUGAACCCGGAGUUGAGCGGCAAGUUUAUGCUACUGGAUUUUAUGCUGGCUGCCAUACGCGCCAAUAGCGAUGACAAGGUGGUCCUGAUCUCGAACUAUACGCAGACGCUGGAUCUGUUCGAGCAGCUGGCGCGUAAACGCAAAUACAGUUAUGUUCGGUUGGAUGGCACCAUGACGAUUAAGAAACGCUCCAAAGUUGUGGACAGAUUCAACGAUCCCAGUACCGAUUGCUUUCUCUUUAUGCUAAGCAGUAAAGCCGGUGGCUGCGGUCUGAAUUUGAUAGGCGCGAAUCGGUUAUUCAUGUUUGACCCCGACUGGAAUCCGGCAAACGAUGAGCAAGCGAUGGCUCGAGUCUGGCGCGAUGGACAGAAGAAGCCCUGCUACAUCUAUCGCUUGGUGGCAAGCGGUUCAAUUGAGGAGAAAAUCCUACAGAGGCAGACGCACAAGAAAUCGCUGUCCAGCACAAUCAUAGACAACAACGAGUCGGCUGAAAAGCAUUUCACACGCGAUGAUCUUAAGGAUUUGUUUAGCUUCGAGGCCAACGUGCUAUCCGAUACGCACAUUAAACUUAAAUGCAAGCGUUGUUUCCAGGAUGUCCAAAGACAGCCACCAGCAGAGAAUACAGACUGCACCUCACAUCUGUCGCAGUGGUUCCACUGCUCAAAUAAUCGCGGUUUGCCAGAUAGUAUAUUGUCCCAGGCGUGGACAGCAAGUAAAUGUGUUUCAUUUGUAUUCCAUCAUCGAUCACAGGGAGAUUCAAAGCCAGCGGCCAUCAUUGCGGAGGACGAUCAAUCUGAACAACAGCAGCUAAGCCAUAAGCGAACUGCCAAAAAUGACGAUGAUGCAGAAUUUGACCCUGAGGAUAGCGCUGAGGAACAAUUCUUGGGCUUUUAGUUGUUAAAUUUACAAAUAAU